UCUACUUCCUGUUAUUAGUUUAUUAAACAUGUGAAAAUGUAUGUUAACGUUUAUGUUUUGAUUAGUGUAGUGUUUCUAGUUUUAAAAGCAAAUUCCUGUUGUGCCGUUUUCGACUGGCUGUUUGGUACAGAAGAAGAGCAAGCAGAAAAUGCUCCAUUUAAAAAGUCGGGCAUUCGCUUUGAAGUUCUGUCAACAGAUGAAAAAUUCUUAGAUUUUGCAAAAACAUUGACAGAUUUAACACCACUAGAUGCUUGUUAUCAGUUGGUUGUCUACAGUUUGCAGAAGAAAUGUGGAGAACUAACCGAAGAGGAGCUAGGAAAGCUGUCAGUCCAGCUGUUGAACUGUCAGUCCAAGGCAGAAGACAGGCCUGUGUUUACUUGUACAGCUCAAAUGAGCCUGGCUGACUGCACGAAGCCGAUGGACGCGACCACGUGGAAUACCUACCAGAUCGUGAGCAACAGAGCCAGGGCGAUGUGCUACGCCACUCAGCAGCUUCAGUUCCGCAGACUCACUGAAAACACAGUCAACAAGCUCGUCAGCUCGGCACAUGGGCAGCUGGAAGUCAUGAAGGAACUCAAGGAGGGUCAGAGUCAGUUGCACCAGAUGGCAACGGAGACGAUUCGCAAAUUGUUUGAGUCUCAGCAGGAGUUGCUCGUUACCCACGAGUCUCUGCGGUCAGCCCAGGAAGGCGUGUUCAACCAUCUCUCGGAGAACGUGCAGCAGCUUGUACACGAGAAGUCGCUGAUAGCCACGGGGAACAAGCAGCUGGCAGACAUGACCGAGAAUAUUAAACGCAAACUUGAUAAGACGUCUGAACAUCUCGAAGAACAAGAAAUACAGCAGCAGGAAAGCAAUAAGAAAAUUCUUGAAGACUUGAAGCAGAUUCAUGCACGGUCCACAGAUGCUUUGGAAAAGCUAGACAAGAGCUCGAGCAACCUGUUGAAGAACCACGCGGACCUGACUGAUCAGUACCAGGACAUGUUUGGCAAGCUCCAGCGGAUCAACAGUACUGUGAACAGCCUCAUGGACACCAUCGCCACCAUGCAGAGAGAUCUCGAGAAGCGGAUCGGCUGGCUCGCACAGAUACUCGGGGGAACAGAUGACAAGCUGCAGUUGCUGACGAGCUGUGUUCUGCAUGUGACCUACUUCCUUCUGAUGGUGGUGGCGGCUGCAUUUCUCCGACUCCCGAUGGUGUCGCGCUUCCUGCUGCUGAUCGUGAUCAUCUCGAACGCGGCUGCCGAGAUCAGCUACAACACGAGUCUCGACUUCGCUGGCAUGACAGCCUUCCUCCUGUCUACGUCACUCGGGUACUGGUUGUUGUUGUGGAUCCGUCUACACCUCAAGAAGGGUGGUCCGACACAAAUCGCUGGGGCCAUCUCAUUUUCACCAUCGGGCAACGUGGACCCACUGUCGGCAGCCGAGGUCCGGGACUUGGCAAAUACACUAGGAAGACUGUACCACUCAAUGACUGGCAGUCUGAACAUCUCCCAUCUCAACUGUAAUGGAAAUGCUGUCACCAUGCCAGUGGAGCAGACUGUGUCAGACGAGGAUGAGGACCCACCAACACAAGACAGGCAGAGUGAGAUACGGGAAGUGAGACGAGUAUUGUUAAGUCAGCUGGGUGAGGUCCCAGGUCCGUCGCGGCCGGUCUACUCGUCUCCAGACCGGUUCUCAAUGGGAACCCGGACACCAAUGACAUUAACACCACGUUCUUCAUCCAGGGCAUCAACACCAUCAUUAUCAUCUCGUUGCCAUGGCAGCACCCGAAGUGGCGCCCCCUGUCGUCUGAACGCGUUGACCGGACAUCUGUAUUGUCACAGACACAGGAUUUCUACGUCUUGAAGAAUCUCGUUUUUAGUUUUCAGGACAUGCACAUUCUGGUGAAUUCUCUACCCAUGUAAACUGACCAUCUGCUUAAGCAAGUCCAGGCCCUGUGCUUAUAAACCUUACAAGUCUAGACUUUAAUAAAGUCCAGACUUUAACGUCAUGGCAACGCCAUUCAAAUAGCAUUACAUUAAAGUCUAGACUUUAAAUUUUAUAAGCAAGGGCCCAGGCCUAUAAAACUUUAGAGUCUUAAUCUCUAAUGAUGUCACACACAUGGCAUUGUAGUCUCAGACUUUCUUUAGAGUCUAGACUCAAAUCUAAUGAUGUCACACACAUGGCAUUGUAGUCUCAGACUUUCUUUAGAGUCUAGACUCAAAUCUAAUGAUGUCACACACAUGGCAUUGUAGUCUCAGACUUUCUUUAGAGUCUAGACUCAAAUCUAAUGAUGUCACACACAUGGCAUUGUAGUCUCAGACUUUCUUUAGAGUCUAGACUCAAAUCUCUAAUGAUGUCACACACAUGGCAUUGUAGUCUCAGACUUUCUCAGAGUCUAGACUCAAAUCUCUAAUGAUGUCACACACAUGGCAUUGUAGUCUCAGACUUUCUCAAGAGUCUAGACUCAAAUCUCUAAUGAUGUCACACACAUGGCAUUGUAGUCUCAGACUUUCUCAGAGUCUUGAGUCUGGACUAAACAUUUUAUAAGCACCAGGCCAGAAGACAAUAUUUCAAAAUCUUAGGGAACCACAAUCAGUUAACAUGACUUUUACAUAUUAGGUAACUGAUUGUUCGGUUAUGUGAAUUAUAUUUACCUAAUCUAUUCAAUUAAUCAAGUUUGCAUCGAACUUUCAUUUUAAUGAUAAAAUUUCCAGCUGAUACAUGUACUGUAAGUUUAAGGAAAAUAAAAUAUAAAAUAAAAAUAUUUUAUUGCAUUUCAUUAAAGGACAAUUUCUUUCAUACUAGAUAAAGUGACUUUCAGAACAAAUAAUGGUUUGCUACAUAACCAAUUGAUGAUUUGUGUGAAUUUAAAUUUGCGUAACCUACCUGCCAACAGAACAGUAGUUCGCGUGAAAUAUUGUAUACUGUGCUUAAGUCAAUUACUUUCAUGUCAUUGGUUUAGAGUUUGAACCUGAUAUUUGCAUCACUGGAAUACUUAGUAUGCAAAACUGAUCGGGCUUUCUACUUGAAAUUUUCAAUUUCUACAUGUAGCUUUCUUAAAACACAUCUUGAUUCUAAUAAUGCACAAAGUCUUGUAAAUAAUUUUUACAUACUACAUGACUGUGGAUAUAAUAUUUAUAUUAAAUGCGUAUGUAUUGGGAUGUUUGUGAUUCUUGUGUGCCAUUAAUGUUUACUAAUCAAAAUAAUAAUGUGACAUGAUCAUCAUUUGUUUAAUGAAAUUUGCUACUAGUCUGAACUGUUACAUGCCAUGUUUUUAAAUCUGUAUUUUCUGGAUUCAAAAUCAACAUUUUAAUAAAGCCUUACUCAUUAGCCAUGUAGCUAAGAUGUGGAGAUUUUGUUAAACGUUUUGAGUGAAGUCUUUUGGACGUAACACUGUUAAUGUCUUAAUAAAUUGGUCAAUCAUGUUUUCUUCUUUGAUUUAAACUGAACAACAAUGUUAAUGAGUUAGGACACUAGCUUUGAGCUUCGAUUUAUUGGAAUGUUAUAUUUAGCCAGGACAUGAUAGAAUGUUCAUUAUUUUUUAUCCAUAUAACCCAUUUUCCAUCUAUUUGAACAAAUAGUGUAGAACAGUAGUAACACAGCAGAUGACUGUGUUAUGGACAGAAGAGUAUUUGUUAAUAAGCACCUGCUUUGUAACUUCAAAACUUUUUAUUGCAGGCAGCUAUUUUCACUUUCUUAUUAAAUGUUUUUCCUCACUUUGAUUCUCAUAAACAUUUAUAUGAUAACAUUAAUGAUCUUUUACGGCUAUUUGAACUAUAGCUAGGUUUGACAAUUUACUAAUUAACGUUGUAUAUAUUGGCACUUUAUACCUUUAGGUUCACACAAUAAUAAAUGUUUUGUCACCUAAUUUUUUUUAUGAUGCUUUCUAUUAUUAUUCUUUUUUAAAGUUUUUUUUUCUUUUAUUAUUAUCUUCUGUAUGUUAAAAUGUUUGGUAGUUUUGGGGUUGUUUGUUUUUGGUGGUUUUAUUUUAUUUUAUUGACAUGUAUCUUGUUUUUUGAGGUGACAGGGACAUAUUCUCUCUUGGCACCCAUCUUCCAUAGAGUUUCAUUUCCAUACAAGUAAAUAUUUUAAUUCUUGUUUUACAUGUAAUUAUUGUAAGAAUUCAGUUAAAUAGCAAAAUAGUUUCAUUUGUUUCAGUAUUUAAUGUUCUUUCUUUUUCUUUCUUUUUAAUGUUUGAUUCUGUAUAUUUAAUGAAAAGAAAAUACCAUACAUAUAACAGGUAGUUGGUGCUAAUUAUGUUUAAGAGAUUUCUUAAAAGAGAAAUACAAGUGCAAGUAUUAUACCAAAGUAUAUUUCUAAUACAUUUCCUAAUUAAUUGUAUUUCCUAAGCAAAAGCAAGGGAAGUUUAGCAAUUUGUCAUGAGUAUUAUAAAUUGAAAUAGUAUCCACCAAACACAAGUAUGAUGCUAUUUUUCUUAUUGACUUGGUCCUGUUUCAUUUCGUUUAAAACAUUACAUCUGGACAACUGCUGUAAGCUAUGCAAAUUAAUGAAUGUAUGGUUGAAUCUGUUCGUCAAUACUCAUCAUGAGAAUAGCUGAAAACAUAAUAUGCAGUUGUCAUUUACAUAAUUUAGUUCAGUGAUUUCAAAGCAACAUAUCAUGAGUUGUUUGUAUGUGAGUAUUUGGAGAAAAUUUCAUGUUUUUUGUCUGCAGUGAAGGUAUUACUUUUCAGAUGGCAGACGGUGUGAAUGUUUUCAUUUGGUUUUAACACUGUUUUCAUGUUUAGCUCUAUUCUUUUUGUAAACUAAAAUCCUAGAUCACUGAAACGUGAUUUACAGUUGCAUCAGAAUAUUCAUGUUCAUGUCAAUGUACUACAUGUAUGUUAAAGUUAUUUUUACACUUAGUUAAAAUAAAUCAUUAUAAUUUUAGGUUUUUUAAGGAACUAGUGUAAUCAUGAAUGUUACUUGAGAAAUUAUUAUAUAAAUUCCAACUCAGUUUAAGUAGGCAAGACCUUUAAUUCUGUGGAAUUGUUGAUUGUCAAAUGAUGAAAUAUGAUUUUAUAUCUAAACAAGGGAAGUCACCACAUUUGCCUUUUAGUCAUUGUACUGCAGAUUUAAUGAGUUUGAGAAUCCUUGAACAAUUUUAAUUCUCAAACAUUCUUUCAAGGGCCCUUGAAAAUCAACAUUUUGGCCAUGAUGUACUAAAACUCCUUGAAAUAUUGUAAUUGUUGGUGAAAUAAAUAAAUUUGUUUGCGUGUAUUUAAUGUGGGCCUUGAAAAGUCCUUUAAUUUUAUCUUGAAAAAUUUACACGAACCCUGGAUAUAAAAUCUUAUUUUGACAAAAAUCAUGGACGUUUCUAUUUAUGAUGUAUUUUUCACGAUUUUACCUUUAUUCUCCAUACAGAUCAUACCACAUGUCUGCUGACUAAGCUAUUAGUGUUAACCAUGCAGUCAGCACUAACUAAUAUAUACUGUACAACAAUAGAAACGCACAUAUUUUAAUAUAACAUUUUCCAAUUCAGGAAAUACAUGUACAUGUAGAUGAAAUGGGCCUAAAAUGUUUGUAGGAUAUUUAUAUAUUUGACAAUUUUUUAAACAAAAUAAUGGGAUUCAAAGUAAAUAAUUUAAAAUGAAAUAAAGAAAACUAAUUUAAUAUUUGCUUAUUUUUUUUGUAUUUCACUAUCAUCGAUUUAAAUUGUUACAUACAUGUACAACUAGUCAUAAGCUAACAACAGCUAACACCGAAGCAGAUUUCAUAUUGCAGAUAUUCAGUAUAUUACUUAUUACACACGUUUGCAGAAGUUUAGUUUGUGUACAAGUUUUGUAUUCAAGUUCUGAUCAUAUUCAGUGUCAUUUACUGUGCAUUUUUUAAAUUCUUUGUCAGGUUUUGUUUUAAUCUUGUGAGAACUGAAUUUAUUUUGAGUGACAUGUCACUAUUAUCAUAAUUCCAUUUUGUCUUUCAGCUAGUGUCAUAAAAUUGUGUUCGAGUUUACAGAAGUUUUGAUGUUUGUUUAUGUAGUGAAACCUGUCUAUAAAGGCCACACAGGUGAUUUACAUUCCAUGGCUGUUAGAGUGGCAGGUGCUAGAUUUGUCGGAGAAAGGGUGUAGUCUCGAAAAGGGGACCUAGUCUCGAAAAGGGGACCUACUGUAUAAUACCAUAAAAUACAUUAACAUUAAUUAUAUUAUGAAUGCAACAUUCCUCUAGAACCACCAAGCCUGCCAAGAUAUUAAAUUUGUCCCACUAAAAAGAAUUAUGUUAUCAGGGACUGAAAUGAUAUGAAGAUGUUUAUUGGCCUAUUGGCCCCCAGAAUAAAUCAAAGUAGGGACCAGGUAGGUAGAAAUGGGCGUUUAAGAAUUGUUUUUAGGCAUCUACUAAAAAAUCUGAUCUCAUUAGUACCAGGCAGUGAAUUAUUUCAAUCCGUGUAGAUGUAUCCAUACAUUAAAUACUGAAGUUUGGGGCUCAUUGGAGUGAAUGUACAUGCCCAACACUCCCUGGAUCCUUGACAUUGUUACGGUUGUCUCUAGGUGUAAUUAUAGCCACUGGGCUCUAGCCUGGGCAGGUUUAGCGUUUUAAGGACUUGCAGACAGCAGCCCUAAGACUUGAAAAUUGGUAUUUUGUUUAUGAAUGAUGGACAGUGCUAGUAGAAUGCUGUUAACAGUCUUGGCAGAAUGUUAUCAGCUGCCAAAUGACAUGGAAGGUGGGGUGGGUUAUGAUCUUUAUCGUUCUGACCUAACGCUGCAGGAUAUCAAUUUUACAUGUAGUAACUUUACAUUCUGUUUUAAAACAGCUGUGAAGCUCAGGGUUGUACAUAACAAAUACACAAAGUGGGUAACUUUUUCCACCCAACCCCCCAAAAUGCAAAACAUGUCCUUUUUGGAGUAGUUGUUCCCUUUUUGACCUACUUGAAGAGAACCCUCUGUUACUGUGCCCUAACAUAUGUUACUGUCACCCCACUGAUAGAAGGCUAGAAAUUGACCUGAAGCUAUUGGAUGUUGAACCUGGUGUGCCCUUUCUGGACAGGUGGUUGUUAUGCAAGGUUUCAGUUAGAACGGGUUUGCUUGUUAAAUUGGUUUUUCAGAGCUUUCAGAUAAAUGUAUCUUGUAUGUUUGUUUACAAUUCUGUUAUUUCUGUUUAUCCAAACUGUUGGUAAACUGGGUAUAUGUGAAUGGUGAUAGUUACAAUUACAGUUUCAUAUUUCAUUAGCUAUUUGUGUUACACGUGUCUGGAGAUGUGCACCCGAAAUCAGUUCAGUUAAAAUCAUCGUUUUGUUUAUAUUGUUUGCUUAGGAAAGUGGUUCUCAAAGAUGCAUUUAAUUAACAUAUUACUCUUGUUUUUAAUUAAUAUUAUAUCACGGAAUUUUAUUGUAUUUCUUUAUUGCUUUGUCCACCCUUGAACUUUGUAUGACUGCACGUAUGUUUGCACUUGUGGAACUAGGGUUAGUGAAUUUGUAUGUUCUCUUAUUUUUAUGCAUCUUCAUCUACAUGAGCGAAGGGUGAAAGAAAAUGGCGAUGAUCCAUUUAAAAUUACUUCAUCAUUAACAAUUCAACCAUUGAACACUUGUUUACGUCUACUAAAGGUUCAAGCACGUCUGUGUUGCGUACCUCCUCCGAAUUUCCUUGCAAAUGUGUCCCAAGACGUGGAUUUCAUCAUUUUAUUAUUUAUAAAAACUUAAGAUAAAUGAAAAAACUGUCAUAUACAUGUACAAUGACUGGACGAUCUACUGUUGUGAAGUACUGUGUAUUUCGAAAUGGCACCGGACAGUUGAAGGCGAAGUCACAGAGAAACUUGACCUACUAAGUGACCCAAAAGAUGUAGUGGACAGAAACAAGCCUUGUAAUAUGUAUUGCUUUUAUUGCAUUCGUGCUAUAGUUUUGGUAAUUUGUUAUUUACAAAACCUAAAAGAUAUGCUACAUCUAAUUUAAAUCACCCUACUAUUGUUCACCGAGUAGUCCAGAAGUGCUCUUUUCUUGGCUACGUUCUGAUUGGUUAACUUGUCCGAGUUCUGGCUGGAUAAGUAUUGUGACGUAAUCGGUAAGACUUCCGCCCUGAACCAAGCCACUCGCCAUGGCAGCAGCAGGGUUGGGGGAUGGGUGGGGGUGGGGGUGGAAGGGCAUACCAACAACAGGGACAUGUCAGCAGCAGGGCCGGAGGCGAUGGGGUGACAUGCCAGGAACAAAACCAGGUGUGUGUGUGUGGGGGGGGGGGGGGGGGGGGGUACCCGAACCGAGAAUUGUAUGUGGACCUGAUAAAAGUGUUUAGCCUAGUCGUAAGACUGUUUCACCAUCUAAGUAGUGAUUUGUUGCCAUCUACAUUCAUUUGCAAGGCACCGUUAUAGGAAUGUCGUUUUGAAAUUGUGAUGCGAAAUUUAAAGAAGAAACAAAACAAGUGAAACCUAGAUCCUUGUAAUGGUUGUGUUUGUACAUGUACAUUUGUUAUUGUCGUCUAUGGGGUUUGAUUUGGUGGUAUACACCCCGUACAUGUACAUUUGUUUUUAUGUCCACCGGAAAGCUGUUCACUGUUUCAGGGUUAUAUCCUUAUUUUGCAACCAUUGUAAGAUGUUUCCGACUAAAAUUACACAUUGAAUUCAUUUUCGUAUUUAGAAUUCCAGUGUCUUUUUGUCUAGUGUGUUUUGUGAUUAGGGCCUCCACAAGUCACUAUUGUUCUCGGAGUACUCGACACUUAAUGUUACACCAUAUGAUAAUAAGACUAAGAACACCAUAUGAUAAUAAGACUAAGAAUUACCUAUCUUAAUUCCAUUAUAAAUAAUUAAAUGAGUGCUCUUCCUUGCACGGGUACUUGAGUCUUGUUGGACUCGGCCCCUACUUGAGUACUCGUGGAGACAUCUUGUAAUGGAAGCAAUCUCAGACAGUCCCUUUAAUAUUUCUGAAUUUUGUUAUUUUAACUAACAGAUUGCCUAAUAUAUGCGGGAUACAACUAAUCUGUUUACAUAACAAUCAAAUCGCUACGGAAUGCAUUUAUAUAUGAUUAAGUGCUUCUCAAUGGUCCGUGCAGUAUUUUUCAGAUUUUAAAUUUAUAUGCUUUCACUAACACUAUUUAAAAUAUCGUGUUUCUUAAGCAAUAAAUAAUACAACUGCAA